UAGACCUGUCUGCGAGGAGGACAGAGGCAGCAAGGGAGGGGUACCUACCGACAUAAUUACAACACUGAACACUCAACUAUCUGUAGACUAAUCGAGCCACUGAGAUUCCUCAUCCCCCUGACUAUUCCCAGAUAACUGUCUUUAGUUAAUGUAUCUUGGUUUCGGGAAAGCGCAUGUUUGAUGGCAUUUUGGAAGUCUCCGCGGCGCACUCCAAGCAGAAGAGGAGACGUUACGGCGCGAGUUAGCUAACGUUAGCUCGCUAACAAGCUGGUGGACAUGGCUGUCUAAAAGGCUGCCAAAAAUCUCUUUAUGGAUCACAGAAGACAGCAAAGGCAAAACCCUGCGUCUGUGAGAAAAAGCGAUAACUAGGCAAACUGACCACGAGCAUAUCAUCAGACUGACUUCAGUGCAUGUGGCCUCUUCAGUUGUUCAUAGACACCUGUUGGGCAGCCCAAAGGCCUGUUGCUAUGCACUAUAAACGGAGAGACAUGAGCAGCGGAGAGACGGGAAGGGGGCGGCCUCUUUUAAGCAGGACUAUCACCUUGGUAAUAGGACUUCUGGUGACCAUGGCCCACGGCAAUGUGCCUGAACAGCAAGAGACAUUGGUGGAGAUGAUGACAGUGGAACUAGAGGCUUCCAUGCAGUCAUCCGUGCUCACUGAGCUCCAUGCUGCAGUGUCUUCAGUUGGUGAGGGGCCACCUACACCAACCACGGAUUCUUCAGCAAAGAAUGGGGCUGUGCACACUGGCAUCCCUGACUCCUCUGCAAUUGUGGGCCAGGUGUUCCAGUUGAGGGUCCCACCAGGACCUGCAAAUGCCAGUUGUAAAAUUCAUCUCACUGAGAUGGGGAAGGAGACUUUACCUUCCUGGUUGUAUUGGGACAAAGAGAGCUGCAUCCUUCGAGGCCUAGCUCUGGAGCAGGACAAAGGAGUCUAUCAUAUCUUGGUGUCUGAAGAGGAGGUAACUGAGAAAACUGGCAGCCAAGUUUUCCCCAGUACAGUCUUCUCAAUUGAAGUGUACCCAGAAGAACGGGCAGAUUCUGAGCCAGCCCUACUUACUCUGCAGUCUGAUGUCAGUGGCCUUCAGCCUUUCACUUGUGGCUCUGAAGAGCCAGUCACUGUCCUCACUGUCAUCUUGGAUGCUGACUUGACAAAGAUGGUUGCUGAGCAGAGGGUGAAUUUACUGGGCAUCAUGAGAAAGUUCUCUCAUGUGCCUCUUGAGCAUAUGAGGGUGGUCCCUGUUGUAAACAACCGUUUAUUUGACAUGUCUGCUUUCAUGGCUGGGCCAGGAAAUGCUAAGAAAGUGGUGGAAAAUGGGGCCCUGUUGUCGUGGAAACUGGGAUGUGCUCUUGAUCAGAGCAGCAUCCCUGACAUUAGCAGUGUCCAGUCCUCAGCCAAGGAUGGGACCAUGUCAGCCAGACUGGGCUACCCAGUGGUAGGCUGGCACAUAGUCAACAAAAAACCCCAUGGAGUGAAAAGGGUCAGGCGCCAGUUGUACAAUACUCCUACUCCAGUACCCUCCCUGCUUCCUCCAACUACUCACCCAGAGCCUCCUGUACGAGUUAUUCCCACCCCAACUUCACCCUCAAUUGCUUCAGCAACAGACAACUCUGCUCCCCCUGUACGAGGCCCUUUGCCUCUUCCAGUGAAGCCCACUAUGCGGGUGAGAGAUCAAAUAGCCCACACACCUGUCUUUGGACCUCCCCAACCCACCAGAGUACUGGGGACUACUAGCACCAUACCUGUCCAGCCUACCAUGACCCGACCUACAUUUGUAGAAGCUACUGCUUUGCCAACACUACCAAGCACCACCAAAAGACCCAAGCAAUCUACAACAAGAAAACCCAAGAAAAUCAAAACCACCACCCCACCUCCCCGGGAACCAAAAUCUACCACACCGAAACCACCCAAGCGCACCACUACUUACUCACCAGCUCCAGACUCCAAUAAAAGUCCAGAGAUCCGCAACCCCAUUGAUCAAGUAAAUGCAUGGGUUGGAACCUACUUUGAGGUUAAGAUACCUGUUGAUACAUUCUAUGACAGGGAGGAUGGUACUGCUGAUAAGCUGCGUUUAACUUUGAAGAAGACCCCCAAAGAACCAGUUAGUGAAACUUCUUGGAUCCAAUUCAACAGCACUAUUCAGCUUUUGUAUGGCCUUCCAGAUGAGCAACAUGAAGGUAAACAUGAGUAUUUCAUGCUAGCUACUGAUAAGGGUGGAAGGAGUAUCAUGGAUGCAUUUGAGGUUCAAGUCAAUCGUUGGGCAACUAAUGACAAACCCUCAGCGGUAUUUGCUGCUCGGUUCCAUGGUGAUCCUAAAUCCCUAACAAAUGAUGUCCAUAAGAAGAUUCUUCUGACCAAAAAGUUGGCUUAUGCCCUUGGAGAUCGCAACAGCAGUACAGUGACCCUGAGAAGCAUCACAAGGGGCUCUAUUGUAGUGGAGUGGACCAAUAACAGUCUCCAGCAGAGUCCUUGCCCGAAAGACCAGAUCACAGUUCUAAGCAACAGGAUCUCUGAUCCCCAAGGCACACCUAAACUGGCCUUCGUCAAAGCCAUGGAACCUGAAUUUAAACCAAUUAACAUCUCAGUGCGUGGGACCAAUAAAUGUCAGAGCUAUACCUUCAUUCCACCUGGAGAAAUUCCAUUGCCUGUUCUUCCUACAGCUAUACCUUCCCCUGGGACUGGCCGCGUGAGCAGUGAUGAUGUCUACUUGCACACAGUUAUCCCUGCUGUUGUGGUAGCAGCCCUGCUCCUCAUAGCAGGGAUCAUCGCUAUGGUCUGUUACAGAAAAAAGCGCAAAGGGAAGAUGACCAUAGAGGAGCAAGCCACCUUCAUCAAGAAAGGGGUGCCCAUUAUAUUUGCUGAUGAGCUGGAUGAUUCUAAGUCACCCCCAUCCUCCAGCAUCCCUCUCAUCCUUCAGGAGGAAAAGCCUCCAUUGCCUCCCCCAGAGUAUCCCAACAUGGCUGGUCCCCAUAGUACCCUUCUGGACCAGGAUUUGCUGGAGGAGUACUCUAUUUAUCAAGACGAGGAUCCCAAUGCACCUCCUUACCAACCUCCUCCACCAUUUACUGUCCCCAUAGAGGGCAAAGGCUCUCGCCCCAAGAACAUGACCGCAUACCGGUCACCACCCCCCUAUGUGCCUCCCUAACGCACACUGGUGCUUUCAGUUUGGAAAGCAGGUGCAAUAUAGGGAUGCUUAUUGAAAACAGGAGUAAUUUUACAUGUGCUCAAAGAAAUGGCUUUGACUUUGUAGAGAAGCAGGCAACCAUACCCAUAUAUUUGACCACCAUGGAUAAGACACUGUAUCGUACAAUUCUACUUCUGGCACAGAGCAAAUGGAUGGGAAACAGUUUGUAAUUCCAACACUAUGUUUUUGUUGUCCUUCAGAUUGGGUUUUGACUUCUUGCGUAUACCUUUUUGUCUGUUUUUUGCCAGGAAGAGUCAAUUUUAUCUUCAAUGAUGUACUAUUUCUAUUGUAUAGAAAAUAAUAAAGAAGCAGGAGAGACUGAAGCCCACAGGGCUUUUGAACAGAUGUCACCAUGACAACAGACUUGAGGCUCUCCAUCACAGUGUUAAUCUUUGAGUUCUAUAUCACUCUUAUCUGUCCUUCUGCUAGGUUUACUAAGAUUUUGCACCUGUUAUUUCUAGAGGGGAUGAAAGACAAAAAGCCAAACUGAAAGCAUGAAUCACUUUAUUUACAAAAAAAAUGAGUUUAUUUCUAAGACUUUGAUCCCUCCCUGUUCUUUGCUAUGCUUUGCUCCCUCUCGACAAUAACAUGCAAACCUUGCACUUAUGCAAAUUCUUGUUAAACCUUGCACUAUAUGUCUUGCGCAGAAUGGAAUACAGCAAGUGGUAGUCCAAUAAGGAGAAAACAUUUCUUUGAAUCCUUGAACUCACCACACCACUGAGACUACUAUGGUAAUCAAUCAAAAUGGACAUUACAUACACUGAUCACGCCUGUUGUAGAUGUAGCCAAAUUAAGUUACAUAAACUUUUUUUUUUUUUUUUGGUUUUUUUAAAUGUGUGUGUGCCACUGAACCUGCCUGUGAGAUGAGGUGGUUUUGCUGUUGCCAAGGUGAUGUCUUUGAUCGCCGAUAAUGAUGGGGCCGAUGUAAUUCUUGGUUUUCAGCAGGGUGAGAAUUGGCAACAUAGUCAAUGAGGGGGGUCCACGGUCUUCUGUUUAGUUGCUUUUGUUGGUAUGAAGGGUGGGGGUGGGCCCAACAGUUAUCACUGCUCUGCCUGUGGGUGUUGCACUGUCACAUUUAGUGCACAGCCUGUUGUCAGUUCAGAUGAGGCAUCGGGACAAGGGGUUGUACAUAAUAGUGUGCCUGUGAAAUUAAAGAACUCCAUAAUGUUAGUGUUUUAUCAGUAAACCUAGUUGGGGAAGGGGUGGGAGGGAAGAGUGGGAAAUAAUUUUAUUUUUUAAUUGUAUGUCUAGAUUUAUGAUCACAAUCAUAAAAAAAUGACUUUAUAAUUUGUGAGGGUAUAAAAAAAAAUUUACUUACCCAUCACAAAAAAAUAAUGCAUUGUCUCAAUAUGAUGGGGAGCAAAGAAACUGCAACAAUAUGUGAAUUAUGUACAUUUCAUAUCUGAUAUCACCAUAAGAAAAAAUGGUUAAAAAUCUAAUGUUUUUACUGAGUUUUUGAUACAGUCUUAAACUUGUUUUAUGAAAAUAUAUUAAUAAAAUGUAAUACUAUUUGUAAAGCCUCAAA